UGAAGCUUUAAAGCCCCAUCAUCAUGCAUGUAUUAUCUGUACUGGCUCAGGAAUGUCCCCACAGUCGUCUUAUGCCAUUAGGCAGAAUGCUGAUCUAAGCACAGGGCAUACAUCAACAUUUAUAUGUACCCAGCCAAUGAAGUCUACGGAACCUAACCUCUCAUUUAUCUUUUGCAGUUGUGAUACAAGCUGUUUGACAGGAGGGCUCCCUCCACCCAUCAUUUUGUAUAGUGAGGUUGGACUGUGACCUUGCCGUGGAAAUGCAGCUCAACAGAAGAUAUUUCAAAACACACCUUGAUUACCUCCCACUACCUAACUCUGCACUGUAUGAAUGUGAGGAGUCCUAAGGCAGUCACAUCUUCAGAGCGCUUCAAGGACACUACACCUCUGGGGCUGGUUGGGAGCCAAGAGAGAACUAGGAUUCACAAAUACUUUACUGCUACAUCUGCUUCUCCAUAUGAUGGCACCAUGUGUGAAGCAUCUUCUGAACUGCAAGCGGUUUUUCAUUCUUUUGGUAACUCCCCUGUUGUUGUUACCACUACCCCUUGUUAUCCGUACAAAGGAAGCCAGUUGUGCCUACUCAAUAAUCCUCAUGGCUGUGUACUGGUGUACUGAGGUCAUACCCCUUUCGGUCACUGCUCUGCUGCCGGUCCUGUUGUUCCCAAUGUUUGGCAUUCUGGAGUCAAAGCAGGUUUGCAUGCAGUACCUGACGGACACUAACAUGUUGUUUGUUGGAGGCCUCAUCGUAGCAGUGGCUGUGGAGCACUGGAACCUACAUAAGAGAAUUGCAUUGAAGGUUCUGCUCAUUGUUGGAGUUAGACCUCCCUUAUUAAUGUUGGGGUUCAUGGGAGUCACCGCCUUUCUGUCUAUGUGGAUUAGCAAUACAGCAACCACAGCCAUGAUGGUCCCUAUUGUUCAAGCAGUUUUAAGUCAGCUUAAUAAUACCAAGCACGACCCUUCCAUUUUGGAUCCAGACGGACAAACAAAUUCAGAAAUGCAACUAGAUGAGAAGAAUACCAUCCCCAUGACCAAUGUGCAAGGCCAAUCUGAUUUUAUGGAUAAAAAGAAUAUCAUCCCCUUGACUGAUGUGCAUGUUGUGGCCAAUGGACAUACACAAGACAUUUCCUUAGAAGCUAAAGAAAAAAAAGAGAAGAAAUUAAUGAACAAGGGCAUGAUGCUGUGUGUAUGCUAUGCAGCCAGUAUUGGAGGGACAGCCACAUUAACAGGAACUGGGCCAAACCUUGUGCUGAAAGGACAGUUUAGCUCCAUAUUUCCAGACAAUGGAGAUAUUCUUAAUUUUGCAUCUUGGUUUGGAUUUGCCUUUCCCAACAUGAUAGUGAUGUUGUCUAUAGCUUGGCUCUGGCUCCAGUUCUCAUUCAUGGGAAUGAACUUUAAGAAGACAUGGGGCUGUGGCACCACCAGGUCAGAGAAGGAACGCGCAGCUUAUAACGUGAUCCGGGAAGAAUACCGCAAGCUGGGUCCUAUAUCCUUUGCAGAGUCUAAUGUUCUUCUGCUCUUUACUCUUCUGGUCAUCCUCUGGUUUACAAGAGAUCCAGGCUUUGUGAAAGGUUGGGCUACUGUGCUCUUCAAUAAAGGCAACAUUGAGUAUGUAACAGAUGCCACGGUUGCAAUCUUUAUAGCUGUCCUUCUUUUUAUUCUACCAGCAAAAAGACCCAAGUUUUCAUGUCACAAACAAAACAGCUUUGAUCUUGAAGAUCCAGAAGAAGAGCAUGAGUCAUUUAUGUCUGCACCAUUACUGACAUGGAAAGUGGUUCAUAAGAAGAUGCCCUGGAGUAUUGUACUUCUUCUAGGUGGAGGCUUUGCCUUGGCCAAAGGGAGUGAUGCUUCAGGACUGUCAUCUUGGCUAGGUGAACAGAUGACGUUUUUGCAUAGCAUUCCAGCAUGGGCCAUUGCCAUCAUCUUGUCUUUGUUGAUUGCCGUCUUUACCGAAUGUGCCAGCAAUGUUGCCACAGCAACCCUCUUUCUCCCAAUUCUUGCCUCCAUGGCAAAAUCAAUCAUGGUAAACCCACUAUACAUCAUGAUCCCUUGCACUCUCAGCACUUCCUUUGCUUUUAUGUUACCUGUGGCCACACCACCAAAUGCCAUUGUCUUCUCAUAUGGACAUCUUCGUGUGUUGGAUAUGGUGAGAACAGGCAUCAUGAUGAAUGUCAUUGGUGUCGUAUGCACCACCAUAGCUAUCAACAGCUGGGGCCGACCCAUGUUUCAUUUGGAUACUUUCCCAAUCUGGGCCAACAGUACAGAUGGAAAUUGAUGAAUAUUCAUUUUAAAUGAAGUCACAGACAAGCCCACAAGACUCAUGAAGAACAAGGAAAACUUGUGAAUAAAAUGUGGGUCAUGGAUACAUUAAUCAUAAACCCCUUACCAAAUCAAGAGCAGAGGCGACUGAUCAAAGGAGAUUACAUAAACUGACUUCAGUGUCGGACAUUUAACAACACAAAUGUCCCUUUUUUGUGAAUACUUAUUUUGCACAAGUUGUUGUUAAUUAUUUAGGUUUCCCCUGUAUGGUGAUUAGUAUUAGAAUUUACUGUAAUAGUGAAGUCAUAUGGACCUGUCAGUGGCUUACCAUAGGGAUGAGCGAACUUGUGCUUUCAAGUUCGGUGUAUGGGUUCGGGUUAUCUAAGAAUCCCGUUAUGGAUUCCGCUACCACAGAC